AUGGCAGUACAAGCAACUACUAUUGAAACAGUUACUGUAGUGAGACCUCUUAAGGUGAUAGCUUUGGUGUGUCUAUUGAUUGCAUUCAUUCUUUUGAUAUUGUGCUUAUCGACGACAUGGUGGCUUCGAUCAGGUGGCUUCCGAACAGGUUUAUGGCUUGAAUGUACAGCCUCUGAUCAAACGCAGUCAACAAUAGCCGGUGGUCCACCGCCUGGAAGGUGCCAAAAAAUACAUCGACAUGCUGCUUAUAUCAAAUUGGUGGCAGCAUUUUUGAUUACCGCAGCAGUGUUAACAUUCUUUGCGUUCUUUCUUAAUAUAUUCGGUUUACGAGCACAAGAUUUGCAUAGAAAAUAUGUUUUCUAUAAAUUUGCCACUUAUAUUUCUUUGUUGGGAGUAUUCCUAGAGCUCGUAUCUUUAAUCGUGUUUCCUGUAUGUUUUUACGUUGAGAUGAAGAAUUUCGGUUAUCGAAAUUGGGAAUUCGACUGGUCAUACGGUGUUGCCUGGGGUGCAACGUUGUUUGCAUUCGGCGCAUCGCUGUUAUUGAUAUGUGAUAAAGAACAUGAAGAGGUGUAUUUCAAGGAGAAAACAAUAUACAAUCCACCACCAGAGUUAAAAUAG